GUCGGGGCCCAGCGUCACCUGUCACCUAUUUCGAACAUGUAAUAUCACAUGCGCACGCUUUGGCCAAACUGGUUGUAGAGCUGCCGACGAGGAGAAACAUCUUCCUCCUCCUCCCUUUCUGCCUGUACUUUUUAUCUUCUCCUUGUCUUUGUUUCCUUUCAAGCGAUGAUGGCUAGUUCAGCCGUCCUCCAGAAAUCUUGGAGCUCCGGCGCCAUCUUCGAAGCUAUGGUGAUGAUGAAGUCUGUCUCUGCUGGUCAUUGUCGACUCCUUGGUUGUGGCACACUGACCCGCCAACCAAGCAAAUUGGCGAAGGCAGGAUAUUUCAGGCAUCAUGGUCAAGUCUUAACAGAUUUUGUCAAGCCACGUGGCAGCAUUCCCUCAAGGAGGUGGUUUUCUCCCUGUCCCUGUACCUCUUCCUCCUCUUCCCCACUUUUCUCACUGUUCCAUGCUGUUCCUCUCUCUCGUGUACUGCAAUCUUACCCAGGUUGGCUGCUGCACUCUGCAAGAGACUGGCCUACGCCAUUACAAGUGCACCGAAGAGCAGCAGCAGCAGCAGCAGGAGGAGGAGGAGGAGGACGAGGAAGAGGGGAAAGUAGAGAUUAUCAGUCAGGUUCAAAACAUGAUAAAGAACACCAGUAUGAGGAUCGGGGAGGGCCAGUGAGGAAACCACCUCCGUCUCCACGUGUGCGGCAGCAGGCGCCGCAGCAGACUGUCAGGGGUGGUGCAUGGCAGCAGCGCACCCCUCCCUGGGUCACAGCGGAUGGCAGAGAGCUUCCCCGCGGUGCGGCGGAAGAUGAAAAUGGCUACGGGGACCCGUUCUCAGUUGACGAAGAUGAGCAUCUCGUCCUGAGACCUACUGUCGGGAUCUAUUGGGAUCUUGACAACAAACCUCCACAGUUCAUUGAUCCGCGGGUAGCUGCAUCCCGACUUCGGGAGUGCGUGGCUGGUCUUGGUGAUGUGGUGGAGUAUCUGGCCUUUGCGAAUCGCCAUGCUUUCGAGUACGUCCCCACCUGGGUACGGGAGGAGCGUAAGGCAAUGAGGGAACUGAGUCGUGCAGAGAAGAUGGGCGCCGUCCCCGUUGCGGGCGAACCGUAUGUGUGCGGCAUGUGUGGACGCAAAUGUCGCACACAUGCUGAUCUGCGGAAACACUUCAAACAACUGCACGAGCGCGAGCAAAAGAAGCGCUUGAAUACCAUAAAUGCUCAGAGAGGGAAGAAAAGGAAGAAGAAGGCGGAACUGCUUGCUGCUAAAAAUAGUCGCUACGUCGAAGCCGCUAGAGGGAUCGUGUUGCCCAAGAGGGGUUACGGGCUGAUGCCCGACCUGAAGAGGAGCGGAGUAGGGGUGCAGUUGGUAAAGCAAGGGCCAGAAGCCGCAGACAUGGAGAUUACCAAAGCUGUCAUGAAGGCCCUUGAGAGAAGGAUAGAUUGGAUUUGCCUCGUGUCCGACGACAGAGGGUUUGAAGACUUGCUGAGAGACGCAAGAUCGCGACUUUGCAAGACUGUAGUUAUAGGAGAUUCGGUGGGACUUAAGCGUGCCGCAGAUCUAUCAUUAUCUUGGAUGGAUGUGCAAGCGGGAAACUGUGUGGGGUCGGCAGGCGGGCAAGCUGCGGAGAACCGGGCAAUGGCAGAAGCGUGGAAACGAAGAAACUCCGAGGCUCUUGUGGAAAUACAUGGGAAAGACGUUGACUUUUGGAACGGAUGGGGCGACGAGGAUGACGUGGCAGAGCGGAGAAUACCACGAGAAAUGAGCAGUCGCAGUCAACAACAGUGGUCACGGAGGGCUCCUGGGGCAUCAGCUUUUGCUUCUCGACGUAUAUUUACCAUCGACGAUGAUGAAACUGAUGAUGAAGAAGGGGAGGAGGAGCAUCUCGAGGAUGGUGAUGAUGACGAGGAGGACGAUGACGACGAUGGUCUUUACGAACCAGACUGGGAUGCGGGGAAUCUCAGAUGGAACCGUCCAGAUCGAGAUCGUAUGGCAGAUCAUAUCCGUCGAUAUCGCUAUUCUGAAUAGUUUUUUUUUUUUUUUUUUUUUUUUUUUUUUUUUUUUUUUUUUUUUUUUUUAAGUUAGGAAAAAAAAAAAAAAAAUGGAAAGCUAUUCUGAAUAGCAAAUCGGAAGAAUAGUCAGAUCCCCCGAAAUGAG